AUGUCCAACUUAACACAUUUUUUACCUCAAAUUCCGGAGCCUGAUACUCUUACAUUACUGACGGGGACGAGGGAGACAACGUGUACAUUUCUCCUUCAUCAUUUCUUAGCCAAUGCCAUCAACGAAGGUCUUGAGGUUUUUUUCGUUUUAUUUUCGCGAACAUUGGACGAGCAUGUAAUUGCCAUGCGAAAAUGGGGUAUUAAUAUCACUAAGCAAGAUAACUUUCAUUAUGUUGAUGGAUUCAGUACUCUAUUCGCGCCGAACGCGCGCAAUUUCAAAUUGCACGCGACGAAUGGAAAAAACACUAUUCGCACCGUAUUCCAGCCGCUUGUCGACAAAUUACAACUUGCAAAAUCCGAAGGUUUGAGAGUAAUCACCAUUCUCGAAGAUGUCGACGUUUUGCUCGGAGCAAAAGCGCUGGAUACCUCUCAAUUGAGCAGUGCUGUUUUUGAACUCUCUAAGCUGAGUAGCAGAUUCGUACUGAACAUUACUGUUAGUACGAGUCUGCCUCAACAAAUCUCGUUUGCUCACCAGAUAAACAAUUUGGCUACUCGUUGCAUCUCUUGUAGACCAUUACCAAGUGGAACAACAAGGCGUAUUACGGGCUUGCUUCGUCUGACACGCGGAUCCCUGUACGCAAAACAUGCCGUAGACACUGAAGAUGACAUCGAGGUUCUUUAUGAAGUGAUGGAGUCAGGUGCAAAAUUAGUCCCUAAGGGAGAGGUAUCACUACAAAUUUAA